AUGAUGGAAGCUACGUCAAACAGUUCUCAGUCUUGGGAAACUGAAUUGCUAUGCGAGGAUUUGGUAGCAUGGUCAGUAGUUGAUUCAGAUUCUUGGGGCUCAGAUUUGGUAUUACUAGCAACAGAAGAUUCUGGUGUAAUUUGCUUAAUCGAAGGUUUAUCUAUACUUGUGAUCGAAGCAGAUGCAAAUCUGCAACAAAUUAUUGUUAAAGAAUAG